GGGCACUUUCUACUUCCCUACAUCGGAGAGACGAGACUCGCAACCCAAACGGGCGGUGCAAAACCUGAUUCCAUCAUCACCAACAUCAUCAUCAUCAUCAUCACCACACUGGACCUGCAAAGAUCAGCCGAGAAAGAGCGUCGCAAGCCGCGUCGGCCAUUGAUUGCACAUCAGCGCGGGCGUGGAGACUUCAGAUCCGCUGGAAAUGGCAGGAAUCCUGGCGUGGUUCUGGAACGAGAGGUUCUGGCUCCCGCACAACGUAACCUGGGCUGACUUGAAGAACACAGACGAGUCCACCUUCCCGCAAGCCGAGGACCUGUAUCUGGCGUGUCCCUUAGCAUUCUGCAUGUUUAUGAUCCGGCUGGUCUUUGAGAGGUUUAUUGCAAGGCCAUGUGCACUAGGUCUGAAAAUCCAGGCCAACGGGCCGCAGAAGGCUCAGCCCAACGCCAUUCUGGAGAAGGUCUUCACUGCCAUCACCAAGCACCCCGAUGAGAAGAGGUUAGAGGGUCUGUCCAAGCAGCUGGACUGGGACGUGAGGACCAUCCAGCGCUGGUUCAGACAACGACGCAACCAGGAGAAACCCAGCACACUGGCGCGCUUCUGCGAAAGCAUGUGGAGGUUCACCUUUUACCUGUACAUAUUUACUUACGGUGUGCGCUUCCUGAAGAAGAGCCCGUGGCUGUGGAACACCCGAGAGUGCUGGUACAACUACCCCUAUCAGCCGUUAACCGUGGAUUUGCAUUACUACUACAUACUGGAGCUGUCCUUCUAUCUGUCGCUGCUCUUCUCGCAAUUCACAGACAUCAGGAGAAAGGACUUUCUCCUGAUGUUCCUGCAUCAUGUGGCCACCAUCUCUCUGAUCACCUUCUCAUAUGUGAAUAACAUGGCUCGGGUGGGAACACUGGUCAUGUGCCUGCAUGAUGCUGCCGACAUCCUGCUGGAGGCUGCUAAAAUGGCCAACUACGGCAAAUGCCAGAGACUCUGCAACGUCCUGUUCGUCAUGUUUGCCCUGGUGUUCAUCAGUUCCAGGUUGGGAGUGUAUCCUGUAUGGAUUUUAAACACCACUGUGUUUGAGAGCUGGGAGAUCGUCGGGCCGUACCCUUCGUGGUGGGUGUUUAACGUGCUGCUCGUCCUGCUGCAGGCCCUGCACACCUUCUGGUCGUACCUCAUAGUGCGCAUCGCCUGCAGGGCCAUCUCCAGAGGAAAGGUGGGAAAAUGGAAUCCUUUACAUGUGUCAAAGGAUGACCGCAGUGACAUUGAGUCCAGCUCUGAUGAAGACGAGGUUCUUCCUCCCUCUCAGAAACAUCACACUAAUGGGACCAAUGGAGCCCACGGCACCAACGGCUACCUGUCCUCGUCCCCGUGCCCAGACGAACACUAACCGUCCGCUCAGCAUGGAGGACGUGUCACUGGGUCCCAGCUGCAUCACUCUCCGUUGUGUCAAAUCAUAUAUAAACAUUACCAGUCCCGUACUGGAACUUCUCAAUAAUGUGAAUGCGGUUCUGUUUCGGUUGCUCGCUUUUCACCAUUUCCCCUCCAGAUGCUUUGUGUUCCAUUCGUUGGCUUUUGUUUUUGUGGUUGUUUAUCCUGCGACAUUCGUUACCGAAGCACCUUUUUGAUUCAGUGCGGCUCACUCUUUUCUUUCAAGCAGGUGAAUGAAAGUGCCGUUCUUUCUUUCAUAAUCGCGUGAGCAUGCUGCUGCGGUCAUGUAUUCUGGCAUCAUGGGAACAGUAGGUUUCUUGGAUUAGUGUUCUUUUCCAUAUAUUUAUUUUUUGUAACUUUAAUUCAUUUCUUUGCUUUUUUUUUAUACUGUACAUGUUCCCCUUUUCCACGACAAGACGUCGGUGCUGGAGCUAGUGCCCAGUCUAGAACCAAUCUGGAUGCAUUUUCUUAUAUACCAACAUAGUUCAGUGAUUUUGGUGUUUCCUGAAUCCACAGUUCCAACAAACAUUUGCACAAUUCAUCACAAAACUGUGUGGUUGGAACUACAGCUCUCCAUCUGUGCUUAGAAGCAUUUCCCAGCAAACAAAAAUAUGUUCUAUGAAUGUUUUGCCAGCAUACCCAUAAAGUUCUAAACACUCUGAAUGUUCAAAAUGUAUCGUUUUGUGUGUGUGUGUGUGUGUGUGUUUUAGAAUGUUUUUCUUGGUUUUGCAAAUGUUACUGGAACAUUCCAUUUCAUAAUUUUCAAACACUACAGAAACGUUACUUUUAAAUUUCCAUUUAAAAAACAUUAGGCAAGCAUCCAAAAGAAGUUUCCCAAAACAUACCAUAUGCAAGUACAGUAUGUGAAUGUGUUAGAUGCUUGAUUUGGUGCAUUCCGAAAGAAACUGUGAUUUAAAACGCAACAUUUUUGACUCUUUCAGGUCAACUGUUGUUGUGUUUGAGAAAUCUUUUGAAGAGAAUCUUGCAAGUUAUUUGAACCGUUUUAACUACCUACUCAAAUAACACUGACAGUUUAGUUUAAUAGUACAGACAUCAGUGACUUCUCAUAACUUUGGCUAACAUUCUGGCAAGUUAUAGACAAACCUUCUUCCAGUAACGGGAAUAAAGCAUUUGUUGUAGUUAUCUGGUCUUUAAUAAUGUUCUCCAAACAUUAGCACAAAAAAUGUUAUUUAUACCUCAUUCAUGGAAUGUUUUUCUUUAAUGUUCUAUAAACAUUUUUAAAUGUUACUACUUGUUUCAGAAUGUUCAGAGAACAUUCAGUGGUAGCAUUCCCAUAAUGUCUGCAAAAAUAAUCAAAUGGAAUGUUGGCUUAUUAAUGUUUGUAUAACCAAGAAAAAUCAGUUUGUUUUUAAACUGGACCUUUUGAAUGUUCAUAGAAAAUUUAAAAUGUUUUCAUAACCUAAUGGGUACGUUAGCAAAACCUUCUUAGACCGUAUUUUUGUUAGCUGGGUUCAUCGCUAGUUUGAGUACUGAGAUUUGUUAUCUCCAAAAAAAACUUUCACUGCAUCAGCAAGUAUUCACAUCUGCAUUCGUACUUGAAUUAAAUGUUUGUGCUGGUUUCAAAUAAGGAACUGCUAACAUUAAAACUAGAUCUUGCAUUAUCAUCAUCAAAGCAGUCUAAACUGGAAAUGUGACUCAUAUUUGGCUUGCGAACACACACAGUUUUUUUAGUUUUGUGAUGCUGCACAGUGACUUCGGCCGCUAUAUUUAAGCACAGUGAUGCACUCUGGUUAUUUGUAGGAAGGUUAUGCAGUAUGAUUUAAAUCGAGAGAUUCACAGAUCCCCCAGCUGAGCACCAGCGUCAUUUUGGUGGAAUAGGAGUAACAGUGAAUGGCAGUCAAUCAAUUUGCUCAAAAUAAUCAUUUGUUCAAAUGAAUCAUGCUGAACUAGUGGUUUAUCACAAAUUGCUCACGUUCCUUCACCAAACCUAUUUUCACAAGUACACGAUCAUUCAAAAGAUCGGAUUAGGCAAGAGAUGGAAAGGCAUUUAUUUGAUCAGUAAAAACUUUAAUAUUGUGAAGUGUUAUUGCAAAUAAAAUAACUGUUUUCCAUUGGUAUGCAUUUUAACCUUUAAUUUAUUCCUGUGAUCAAAGCUGAAUUUU